AAAAUGACCUAAGUGCCAUCCAGCCUUGGUGGCCAAGGGCAGAGGAGGGGGCGAGGGCUGCUGGGAUCAUGGCUUUGCCUUGGAGCUGGCGGAGGCAGCCUGCAAACAGAGCCCUUGUGUCACACUGCACUCACCAUCAUAUUGCUGUGUCCCUGCUGACCUUCUUCAGUUACUCCUUGCUCCACGCUUCCAGGAAGACAUUUAGCAAUGUCAAGGUCAGCAUUUCCAGCCAGUGGACUCCCUCCUAUUUCAACAACACGGCCCUUGAGCUCCAACCGUAUUGGCUCUGGAACUGCAACCAUUUAUUUCCAAAUGCAGAAGAAGCCACACUCUUCUUGGGAACAUUGGACACUAUCUUUUUGUUUUCCUAUGCUGUGGGCCUCUUCGUCAGUGGUAUAGUUGGGGAUCGCCUGAAUUUACGCUGGGUUCUGUCUUUUGGCAUGUGCUCCUCUGCUCUGGUGGUGUUUUUCUUUGGCACACUCACAGAAUGGCUGCAUUUCUACAACAAGUGGUUCUACUGCUGUCUCUGGGUUGUCAAUGGCUUGCUGCAAUCCACUGGCUGGCCCUGUGUGGUUGCAGUCAUGGGCAAUUGGUUUGGAAAGGCUGGGAGAGGUUUUGUGUUUGGACUCUGGAGUGCCUGUGCAUCUGUGGGGAAUAUCCUGGGAGCAUUCCUUGCUUCCUGUGUUCUCAAAUAUGGCUAUGAGUAUGCUUUUCUGGUGACUGCCUCGGUGCAGUUUGCUGGAGGAGUCAUCGUCUUCUUUGGGCUUCUGACUUCUCCAAAGGAAGUGGGCCUUCCUGAGCUUGGAACAGAUGAAGAAGGCAGUGCUGAGGAAGAUGCCAACCAACCUUUAAUGGAUGAUGACGAUGCAGAUGAUGAUGACCGGAAUUACUCUAUUCAAGCAACUGACACUGAUAGUCAGCCAAAGGCCAUUGGCUUCCUCCAGGCUUGCUGCCUUCCAGGUGUUGUUCUGUAUUCUUUGGCCUAUGCCUGCUUGAAGCUGGUGAAUUACUCCUUCUUCUUCUGGCUGCCCUUCUACCUCAGCAACAACUUUGGAUGGAAAGAAGCUGAAGCUGAUCAGCUCUCAAUCUGGUAUGAUGUGGGAGGAAUCAUAGGUGGGACCAUCCAAGGUUUGAUUUCUGAUGUGCUGCAAAAGAGAGCGCCGGUGCUUGCAAUGAGCCUGCUCUUUGCUGUAGGCUCUCUCUUUGGAUACAGCCGUUCUCCAAACAGCAAACCUAUCAAUGCUGUGAUCAUGGCAAUUACAGGGUUUUUCAUUGGAGGCCCUUCUAACAUGAUCAGUUCUGCAAUUUCUGCCGACCUGGGUCGGCAGGAUCUGGUCAAAGGCAGCAGCGAGGCCCUGGCAACAGUCACAGGAAUUGUGGAUGGAACUGGUAGUAUCGGUGCUGCAGUGGGCCAGUAUCUAGUGUCUCUGAUCCAGGAGAACCUGGGAUGGAUGUGGGUUUUCUAUUUCUUUAUUCUAAUGACCAGUUCGACAAUCCUGUUCAUUUCGCCAUUAAUAGUGAGGGAGAUGAGACUGCUUCUGCGCGAGCGGGUGCUGCCCGGGUGA